UGGUGUUCCCCAAGGCUCGGUGCUUGGCCCCAUUCUGUUUAUUCUAUAUAUGCUUCCCCUCGGACGCGUCAUCAGCCGACAUGGAAUUUCAUAUCACUGCUAUGCUGAUGACACGCAACUCUACUUCAAGACAAAUUCAAAUUCCACUGCUACUAUGCCAUCUUCCACUUUGAACACAUGCCUGGAGGAGAUAAAGGCGUGGAUGAAGCAGAACUUCCUGCAGCUAAACAGAUCUAAGACUGAAGCUAUUCUUAUAGGCACUCCUCAUCAGGUUCGGUCAUCACUCAUUACCAGCAUUACUUUUUCAAACCAGGAUAUCCCACUUUCAACAUCAGUUUCCAACCUAGGUGUUACUAUGGACUCUUGUCUGACCUUUGAAGCUCAUGUCAACAAUCUAAGUAGGUCCUCCUAUUUCCACCUCAGAAAUAUUGCCAAACUUCGCCCUACACUCACUCUUGCAGAUGCUGAAAAGCUUGUCCACGCCUUCGUCUCCUCCAGGCUGGACUACUGCAAUGCGCUCGUCAUCGGGAUCCCUGCUAAGAGUUGUCAGAAAUUGCAGUACGUUCAAAACAGCGCUGCUAGGAUCCUGAUGAGGGUGCGAAAAUAUGAUCAUAUUACCCCCAUACUUAAAACACUUCACUGGCUUCCUGUCUCAUCUAGGAUUGAGUACAAGGUCACUCUCCUCACCUACAAGUGCAUUUAUGGUGACGCACCACCCUACCUUAAGGAACUUCUUACUUCACAAAACACUACACGCUCCCUCCGUUCUGUUUCAGAGGGUCUCCUUAAACCUCCAAGGACCAAGCUUCGUACUAUGGGAGAUUGGGCUUUCUGCUCAGCUGCACCUAGACUAUGGAAUGCUCUCCCUGACCAUUUGAGGAUACCACAGACUGUGAAUGCUUUCAAAAGCGGCCUAAAAACCUACCUUUUUAAAAGGGCCUUUGACUAACACUGUAUUGUGCAUAUAUGUGUAUAUAUGUGCAUUAGUUUUAAUUCUACUAUAUACUUUUUAAAAGUGGCCUAAAAACCUACCUUUUUUAAAAGGGCCUUUGAUUAACAUUAUAUUGUGCAUAUAUGUGUAUAUAUGUGCUUUUGCUUAAUUUUAUUAUAUACUUUUUAAUUUUUCUUUGUCGAUUUGUUUUAAAACUGUAGCACUUUGAGAAGUUUGACUAAACAUGUAAAG